AUGCCAAUGGUGAAAUCUGAUGAUCAUAAAUUUUGGAAGCUGGAUAUGUUAGCUAAAUUAUCAAAAACGAUUCUAGAAGAAAAAGAGAGAGACAGUGGCCGCACGGUGAAAUCUUGUGCUACACCACCCGAGUGGCUUGUUGUGGAGAUGAUGAAAGAAAAGAACGCACGCGAUCCGAAGCUGAUCAUAGAGAAGAAACUGCACGUGAGUGAUCUCAACAGACAACAGUCACGUCUCUCAAUACCUAUAAACCAACUGCUUAGUUCGGAUUUUUUGACGGAAGAGGAGACACAACUCCUACACGCAGAGCCGGACUUAGUCAUUGGCGGGACGUUGGGGCCCCGAAAGCCACAGGUCCGGCUCUGCCUACACGAACAGCCAGAUGAUGAACUGGAAAGUCGUAAAGAAAGUGUGAGCGUGCUCUUGGUGGAUCCUAAGUCAAAAAGGCAUAAGGUUGAGUUAAGGAGGUGGAAGAUGGGUGCGUAUUGGAAUUACGUGGUGGUUGCUGGUUGGAACAAUGUGCUUACCAGUAAUGAGUUUGUGGUCGAUGACGUCACUGUAAUAUGGUCGUUCCGAUAUGGAGGAGGUAAACUAUGUUUGGCUCUCUCUCCUCCGCGCCGUCGCUUCCUCAGAAGAUCCAGACAAACCUACAUACGACGGCGUGAUAAGUGUCCGGACGGCCGUGGAAGCAAGCAGCCGCGGAAUCACAGAGCGUCAGGGAGGUUCGUGAGGAACAAGGGACCGAAUGUGGAGGAGAUGAAGAGGAUGAGUGAGCUUAAGGAGGAGGAGAUUAGGAGUAAUAAGGUGAAGAAGAGGAGGAAGAAGGAAGAGAGAGAGAAGAGGAAGGAGGAGAAUGUUUUGAGGACGGGGACUAAGUUGCAGAUGAUUACGAACCCUAAGACGUUGAAGAAGAUUGCUAAGUUUAAACAGAGGAAGCAUCUUAAAGUGGUUUCUGAUUAUAUCUUGAAUGGUAACAAGAAGAGUGUCUAG